UACGUCCUUCAACAUAAUGACGUAAUUAAGGCGACUCGCUGAUGUAUCGGUGAAAGCGAAAAUUUCGCUGCAAUCGAUCCUUCAAUUAUAUACCAUUAAGCGUACCUUUAAACUAGCGACCUUAUAGCGACUCUACCCAGUUUUCGAGCAGCAAUCGACAUCGAAUCAACAGCAGCACCAUGUACUCGAAGACGAUUUUCGUUUUCCUAGUAAGCCUGGCCAUAGCCCAGGGCAUCGGGAUCGGCAAAUCAACCGAUCAUGCGUUCGAGAUUUCGCCAUCAACCGGACAGGGAGUCAGGCAGAUUAUUCUCAAGGGUAGCGAACUAGCCCUGGCUGUAAUCAAGGCGAUCGUGAGAUUAAUGUUGAAAUUGCUUGUGAAAAUCGUUCGCACUCGCGUUGUGCAAUUGGCUUUUACUUCGGGGCUGUACGUGCUGGUCCGUGCACUAUUCGUUAACAUGUUCGACUGCCGCUCUAAGGGCAACAUCGCUACCAUACGUACCUGUAUGGUGCAAGCCGAAAACUUUACCGACACGCAUUUCAGCCAGGAAAAACGAGUGAUGAUGUCGAAAGCAGUCCAGGAAGCCCUCGCGGAUUACGAGCGUUAUUUGGAGUCGGAACCCUCGGAGACGAUUCAGCCGGUUGAUAUCGAUGAAAGAAAAGACGACCUGAAAAUCGCGGUGGUGUCUGACCCUCGUGAGGUAGAAGAGGUACCGAACGAAGAAGAUAACGAGACAAUAUCUUACAUAUGAGUAGUUAAUUUUUGACUGCAGACUAAAGUACACAUUUGAUAUUUACUAGCAAAUAAUUUUUAUAAGAAAGACGAAAAAACUCGCACGGUAUUUUGAAAGUCGCGCGCUUUUCAAAAAUGAUGUUGAAAUAAUUGUAAAAAUUAUUUUAAAUACCAUGUAUAUAAGUAGCAAAGCUGUAAUAAA